GGCGGAAAGAUCGAAGAUUAUAAAUGUUUAUCUCGACUUUUGAUGUCUAAAAUGUCCAAAUCACCUAAAGCAGAAGACUCUUCCGUCGCAUUUACAAAUGCUGAACAGCCACAGCAAGCAAGUGGCGAAAGGUAAGAAUUAGAACUGCCUGUGCUCAGCCAUUGAGAUAAUAAGAAAACAAAAAUCACAGCUGAAAAGUUGAAUUGCCUAUCUGACGAAAAGAUGACAGUAAACCUUGACUUCUGUCAUCGCCAUUAAAUCAUUUUGAAAGAAGAUUAAAAUGUAGAACUUCAGCGAUGAAUGUUACAUGUGAACGAGAGUCCAUUGCGGCGAAUGUUGGGGGAGGAUGAUAAAAACUAAAGCCAAAAAAGGCAUGGGGGCAUGAACCUCCUAGGUACCAGUUCCCUUUGCAGUUCUCUGUUACAUUGCUUGCACCCUUCAGUAGAUCUGUUUUUUCUUAGUUUCCAUUUACAGUUUAAUCUCAGAUGACGACUGGUGUGUUAAGCCCGACAACUUAUUAUUGAUUUACCAUAAUAAUUGAGCAACUGAUCACAACCAAAACAAGUUGUAAUUACCUGAAAACAUGCAAAUUGGAUAUCAUUAAGGAAUAAUAAUAAUAAAAAUCAUUUUCUCUUGUUUAUUGAGAAACUUUUUCGAAAGACAAUAAAUAUUGUAGCAAGCAUGGCUGAAAUACAGGGGGAAGAAAAAGAUACUUGCACUUGACAGAAUUCAUCUUCCUUGAAAACCUCAGGGUUUAGUUCUUUUGGAUCAACAUGCUCUCUGAUGAGAUGCUCCCCAGCUAAUGUGCGUAGCCAAUGAUCAUACAUGUACAUGUUUGUAUUCUCCAGGAGAGCUGAUCCAAAGAUGGCAGCCUUUAACAGUGGUUUUAAGCUCGUUAGCCGUCUGACAAUGCAUGAUUUAAAAGCAGUUCAAGAUGCCUUCAUGGUAACUUAAGCUACUGAUUUAUCUGUUGUACAUGUCAUUAAGCUCUCAUGGUUUCAUUCAAUCACUAAUAAAUACAUAUUUACUCAUUUUUUAGUUGUAUUGAUUUAUUGGGUGACUUCAGAAGGUUUUAGUGAUAGUUUAGCAUUAGGGAUAAUUUAACCACUUGUUGGGCCCUGCACUGAGUUGCGGCAUUAGUGAGUUUCAAAACAGGACAGCGGAAAGAAGAGAAAAGCAAAAUGCUUGAGUGUGACAAACGUGACGGGGCUAUUACUUGCGUGUUUUGUCAGGAAUUCACUUAACAUUGAUACUUUUUGCUCUUGAAGAUUGGCGGAGGGUUUUUUCAAACAUUAUUACUGUCAUGUUUGUCACACAAUGUUUGCCAUCGUCCUUCCUCUCCCACCCUGUUAUGUAAGUUCACUAAAUGACUGAUUGAAGAAGUCGCAGUUAAAUGAUACCCCUCCCCCCCACCUCUAUUAUUGUUAAUUUUCAUUGCACUUGUAUUUACCGGUACUUAUAAAAUAAUGUAUAUACUUACACUAAACUGUGAUAAAAGUAAACUGUUUAUACACACUGUAGUCCCUAAUAUUUUCAUCUGACUGCUGUGAGUGAGCUUUAUGGGCCCAGUAAUUACUGAGGCGUUUAAGAAAUAGCCCCAAAACACCAUCCUGGCGAAUUGUUUUAAAAUCACUUUAUUUAUAAUAUGUUCAGCUGCUUAAACUUCUUUUUUCAGAUAAACCAGUCUGGCCAUGAUCGUGAGCUUAGUUUAGAUGUUGAUCAAUUCUGUGAGAUUCUGUCUAUUGUCUUGAACAAAGGAUCACGAGAAGAAUAUGAGGAUCUGUUUAACAAGAUUGACGUGGGCAAAGAGGGUUAUGUUGACUGGGACAAGUUCUGUUCUCAUAUGUUACUUGAAUACUAUGAAAAAGAUGAUAGAAUGAAAACCACCCAGGUAAUCAACACACAGGGAUUUUUAAAUGGGAUUUUUAAUAGGAGCACUGCAUGGAAUAAAAGCCUCAAGUGACUUGUGGUAAACUGCUAGAAUCUCCUUGCAUGUAAAAACUUCUUUGCUUUGUGAAAUAAAGAGAGAAUUUGACAUUGAAUCAACAGUCAUUUAAGGCCAUAAUUCCACCCCCCAGUUACACCCCAUUGUGUUGUGUGUGUCACCAGAGACAAGGAACUUUACUCCACUUUGUCUCUCUUCACCCAGGUGUAUAAAUUGGAACACAAAAAAUGUGCCAGCAACAUAUUGCUGGGGGGUAACCUAUGAUGGACUAGUAUCCCAUUCAGAGGGAAGUAUUGAACAAUACUCCCAGGCAUGCUUCAUGCUAAGGAAACCAGAUAAGCUCCGGCAGUUUAGGCCUUUGGCUCAUCUGUGACUUUAUCUUCUUACAAUACCAGUAGAAAAACAUUUAAUUUGAGUGUAAAAUUAAUGUAUUUAGCAUGAAAGUACUAAUUAAGGAUUCUUUUUUACAUGUUCACCUGAGCAAUGCAUAGGUCCAUCUGUUUGAAGGGCAAAGGCAGCACCUUCAUUUUUCAGUUAUUUUAAGACCCUGAGUAUUGGUCUGGGUACAGGAAUCAAACCCGAACUCCAGCUCUACAGUUAAGCCCUCUACCAACUGGUUGAGCUUAUCCUGUUUAGCAUCACCUCAAUUUGCUUUCCUCACUUGACUAAUGUAUUAUUCAGAUAUUGAAAUACAAACUUUUGACCAAUCUUUAAUCUACCUUUAGGUUCCCCAGUGGAGAGAGUUAAGAAACAUCGCAAGGUUAGCAUUACAUGAAAUGCACAUACUGUUGUAUAAAUUUUGUUAUCAAGGCCAUUAUUAACAGCUGGAGGAGAAACAAAAAUUUAACAGUUUACUAGCUUUCACGCAUACUGUGCUUGAUAAUAAUUCAAUUAAUGUUUUUUCUUUUUUUUUUUCAGUCCUCACAAAGAAGCCAUUAUUAGAACAUGUCCUUUGAUGAAUCCAUCACGUUACAUUGUUGUCAGUAAGGUCAGCAUCAAAGUCCAAUAAGUGACGCUAUAGGGUCAAAUCGUCAGUGUAAAACUUGUUCAAUGCCCCCCACCCCCUCCCCCACUGGGGGGUCCUGAGCAACUGUGUGCAUGUGUCUGUGACAAAAAAAUUUCGUUACUAUUUGUUGCCUUUUACGUUUUUAUUUAUUACUUUUUAAAAUCUGUUUUGUAGGAAGGUGUAAUUACUCUCUGGUCAUUAAAUAUGAAACUGCUGAGGACAGUUCAGGUAGGGAUCUUAUCAGUCUACGGCAGGAAAAUUCAGAGCAUGCAACAUACAUGCUAUGCUUAAAAGCCUUUAGCUUGACAUCUCUGUGUAAAGAUAACAAAAAUGAUAAUGAUUAUGUUAUAAUUUCUGUGUGCACACAGAAUUAUGAAUAAUGAGAAUAUCCAAGAACCGUAACCUGAGAAAACAGCUGACGUUUUGCGACGCAAUCACUGGUUUCCCCUCGAAAUGACGUCUGAGGAACGAGCGCAGAAAUUCCAUACUGAUGACGCGUCACUACCCAGAUCUGGGUAGUGCUUCUGAUUGGAUGAAUCAAAUUUCUAACCAAUCAGGGGCACUGCCCAGAUCUGGCUAGUGACACGUCAUCAGUAUGGAAUUUCUGCGCUCAUUUCUCAGACUUCAUUCUGCGGGAAACCACCCGUGGCGUCGAGAAAUGUCGGUUGUUUUCUCAGGCUGCAAGAACCCCAGAUUUGUAAAUUUGUGGCUUCUUCCCUCGCGUUCCACACUGCCGUUCCUAUUAUUUCGUGCGCCUGCUAAGUACAUAGGUCGCAGGAAAUUGCCUUUCGUUAUCAGGGAACUUUUAAUCUUGAUGCUUUCAUUGUGCCUGAAGGUUCAAACAGAUCCAGAAGAAGUUAAACAAAGGGAUCUUUGGGUGACAGACUUUAUACCAAUGCAAAAUAUCUACAAACUGGCCCUCGCGCUGACCAGCAAAGAAAUCGGUAAUUUGAUAUAUUAGUCUUUUUGUACAAUGUAUCAGUACAGGCCGAGAAGGAGAGGGACAUUAUUAUUUCAACAUCUUAACGCGUACUGCUCGUUUCGACACAAGUAGAUUCAGUCGAGUUCUAAAUACAUAUCAGACUAGUUUCGCGCGUAGUUACCUUACAGAACGAAGAAUAUUCGUAUCAAAACGGCCUGUCUAAAAGACGAAACCUAAGAAUGGACAGUAUAUUAAAACAUCAUAGCAUCUAAUGUAUUGUGGAACAUGUGGAGAACUAGUCUGCUACACAGCCGUUUUUAGUGUCGUCACGCAACGCUCCUCCCCACUAGUUAGCGGGGAGGAGCGUUGCGUGAGGACACUAAAAACGGCUGUGUAGCAGACUAGUGGAGAACACAAGACUCUAAUUUCAGGAAAGUACUUAAGUAGCUAGCUUUUUGUGGCAAACUGUUUUAUCUUACCCAUUUUUACUAAAAUGGCCUCGAAUUUUCCUGCAGUGUAUUAAUUUUCUUGUUUGUUUGUUUGUUUUUAUGAUUAUUUUUCGAUAGCUAUAUAUGAUUUGAGUUCCAAAUCAGAGUUCAACUGUCAAUAUCGCAUACAAGGCCUUGAACACACUCCUUUAUGUAUGGAUUACUGGUGAGUACAUUCACUAAGGUUGUAUAUAUUUGUAGCUUACUCCUACAGCCGUCACAUUUUCUGACUGCUGCGAAUGCAUAGUUAUUCGACUAUUUAAGCUUAAGAACGCUAAAAUUUUCAGUGCGCAGAUGCAACGUAUAACGCGUACUGUUGCAAAUGAAUAUACCCUAAAGUAAAGAAAUACUUUUCUCGUUGCAACAGGGGCACCCAACGAGGAUAUAGUUCAAAACCACUUAACAUAGCAUUGUUGAACGUAUUUUAGUAUUUAAACGGUAGAUAUAUAGGCAUAUUUUUAUCCCCUAAAAACUUUUCAUCUGUUCGGAUUUCCUAGCUGAAAGUCUAGUGAUCCGAAAAUUAUAGGGAUCAAAACUUACCUUUUCGAAAAUUUCAGCCCGAAAAAGGCUCCCGAAAAUUCUAGGUGGCCUUUUUUAGGGUAAAUAUCCGUUUAAAAUGGGUAAUUAUACCAUUUUGUAGAUGUUCGAAAAUCCUAGGAGAGGCAGGCAAGCAAGAAAUUUUACAACAAAUGUUCCGAAAAUUCUAGUUCUCAAAUAGUCUUCCGAACAGAUAUUUUCCCGAAAAUUGCCGUUGGGUGCCCCUGUUGCAAUAGAGAUUUACGAGACUUGCCGCAGAUAGUUAUGUGCAAAUAUUUCUAUUUUGGACUAAAGUAACAUCGAGAGAAGCAUUAUGCAUUCAGAUCUUACUUUCUUUACAGGAGCAAUCCUUAUAAAGUAAAUGAAGCCAUUCUUGUGUUUGGAGAUGUACAUGGUCAAGUCAAUGCACUGCUUUUUUCAGCGGCGACAAUGGCUUUGUUUGACCGACCAUCUCAGCCUGCUGGUAGUAAACAAGGUAUACACUGCCAAGUUUUGUUAGAGCGAUUUUCGUAUAACCUUGAACAAUGGUUUCGUUAAGUGUUCGUUGUUUGUUUUAUCAGCCAAUGGAUGAAAAAAUCAAAACAUGGACUCUUCGUUUUCCCGCCAAAGAAAACCCUAAUAUGGACAAGGUAUUGUUCGCUUGGCCAAUCGUGUUGCAGUAUGACGUCAAAGCGAAGAAUCGAUUAAUUUCUAGAAAGUUCUCGGGCAUGAAGUUUUUUCACCUGAUCGUUCGCUUAACCAACCAAAAGCCACGCUCGUUUGUAUCCGUCCCAUAAACCAAUCAAAUCGCUCUAUUUGCGUUCGUUGGUUGUUUCUGUUUUGUUCGCGCGUUUUCGUUUCAAGGUCAUACGAAAAUCGCUGUAAAUAAAGUUAUCGUUAAACAGGACACUUGGGUAUAUGAUCAUACUAUGUUGGAUAGCUCUUAGACCGGCAAGAAAACCAUACUUGAUGGGACUUCCGUUCACACACAAACGUGACUUUAUUGAAGAUCCAACGACGCGAAGGCAAUGAGAACGUCGCUUAAAAAGUGAAUUUGCGUUCUUUCAGUCUAUAUCGUAAUUGUUCCUACCCACUUACUUUGUCAAAUGUAGGCGAACCCUCCUGGAGUUGAAUCCUAGCCACCAUAUCCAAGUACAGUAAGAGAAAUAAAAUUUCGUCGUUGCUUGUUUACGUCCUCCGUAAAACGCGAAAUUAGGCAUGUUCACGUCGUAGUCGCAAAGAAAUGUACAAAAAAGCGUGGUGCACGUGCAAAGUUGUUUUGCUAAUCAAACCUAUUGUUUUUUUUACGUUCUCGUUACCGUCCGCGUCGUUGAACGGGAUACUUGCUGAGUAGCCGAGAGAUGAACCACCCGGAACCGCCUGUGCGGAUCUCUUGUUGCGCUUGUGACGUCAGUAGUUUUAACGGUUAUAGACAGCUUUGACAUCCAACUUGUUCCGGGAGAAGAAAUCUGUCAAACCAUAACCAAGUGAGCACAACUCAGUCAAACAGGUUGGAGAAAAAGAAAACAAAAAAAAAAGGUGUCUAUAAAUUGACCCGAGAAUUUCAAUAAAAAGUCUUGUUCCGCAACCCACUGGCACUUCAUUCCAUCUAAUCCCACGAUCUUCAGAGUUUUCGCCAUGGAUUAAUAUAUGAAUUAAUACAUAAUUAUGAUUAUGUUCUUUUUGUAGAUGUAUGUUUAAAUGUGAAUAUCCAGGACGUCCACAAGGGUUUUUACAAGAACGCCAGAUUUGUAAAACACCAGGGACAUACUGAAUGGGCCAGACAAGGUUUGUUUAUGUUUAUGAUAAUUCCCCGGGAUAAAUCAAAGUAGCCCCAAUGAGAAGUUGGCCGUUUGGCCCCAAUGUUCCACUGUAGAGGACGGCAGGCAAGGCAGUACUGAUGAAAAUGUUUGUGUGUUUGUUGAUCAACAGUGAUGUACUCAGCACAUUUAGAUUGCUUUAUUUCCUGCGCCACAAAUUACAAAAACUCCUUAGUUCUUGGCUGGAUUGAAAAGUCAAAAAUGAAUAUGAGAACGUGAGUACAGCUGUAGCGUGUUAUUCUUCACCACUGUCAAAACUUAAAGCAUGAUGUAGUCUAGUAACUUACUAGGCAGUACCACGCGGACGCAAACUAUAUUAAUACUGUUUUUUUGUUUUUUCGUGAAUCAAAAUUACAAAAAGACAACAAAGACAUAGUUUCCGAAGACUUUUUACGGUAUUGUCUGGAACUAAAGUUGUAUUUGUAUUUUCUUUCUUUCUUCCUUUUUUUCUUUUCUUUUUUCUAUCAAUCGACAGAACGCAGUUUAAGAUUCCCCAAGGUGUGAACGCAUUUGACUACAGUGAGAGAAUAAACCUCAUUGGUAAGCUAGCUUAGUUUGUUCCAGGCGCUCAGAAUGUAGGGAAGACGCAAAGAGGCGUGAGCACGAAAAACAGUAAGGGAGAUAUUUCCUCCUCUCUCCCUCUCCCUCGCUUCUUUCUUAUUAGAGAGUGUUAGAUUCAGAGACGAGGACGACUACUAGUACAAGAUUUUCUCAAUACCAAGUAGUGCUCUUGCGAGAACCAACGUCAACGUGGUAGCUGGCGUCAUUCUACUACGAGUUGUAGUACGACAAGAGACUAUAAAGGGGACAGAGAGGGCAUCCCCCAUAUACAUCCUAUUCCAUAGGUAAUUCGUCUCGAGUUAUUUUUAACACCACAGAUCUCAAGGGGGAUUAGACAACAGCCAAUCACUUAGCGCGAAUGUGCUCCGCGUGGAUGACCCACGCUGAGAGCCACGCGUCCUUCACGAAAUGACGCAGAACAAAAUGGGGGAAGACGCGGAGAGCGAUUUUGCUAUUCCUUUUGUCGACGAAAACGACUACAGCGAGAUUUCUGCGAAAGCUGUGUCAGCGAAACCGAAAUUAAAAAAGAAUCGCCCUUCCUCUCUUGUAUAGAGCUAACAGUAGAGCAGGGAAAUCCUUAACACACUGAAUAUUCUCUCAGGAUCAUUUAUAAUUUACAGUUUGAAGAGAGCAAUUUCUGGUUUGAUGUUUAUUUUUUUCAGUCUUUAUAUCGAUUAUUCCUACCCACUUACUUUGUCAAUUGUAGGCGAACCCUCCUAAAGCUGAAUUUCAAGGGACCAUAUUCAAGCUCAGAAAGAGAAAUAAAAUUUCGUCGUUGCUUAUUUACGUCCUCCAUAAAACGCGAAAUUAGGCAUUUUCACGUCGUAGUCGUGCAAAAACGGGAAAGAAAUGAACAAAAAAGUGUGUUGCACGUGCGAAGUUGUUGUUUUGCUAAUUAAAUCUAUCGUUUUUUUGACGUUCUAGUUGUCGUCCGCGUCGUUGGAUCUUAAACUCCCUAAAUUGUUCAAACGACCGCUUUCAAUAGACCGGCGAAAUUUCUCAUUUUAUUAAAGCACUGAGGUUACGAUACCCUGGGUUCCAGAGGAUUUUUUUUCUUAUCGAUAAUGAAGGCGCCUCGUUAACGCGGCUUCGCCGCGAACCAUCAGUGUCCAUAAGAAAAAAAUAUCCUCUGGAACCCAGGGUAGGUGUAUAUGGGGGAUGCCCUUUCUGUCCUCUUUAUAGUCUCUUGAGUACGAAUAUUGUAGUAGCGGAAACAAGUUAUCAAAUUUUAGAAGUUUAAUCAUUUUGUAACCGGGAAAGAGCUAAACCUUCUCCAAUAACACUGAAUAACGGAACUAAUUUUCAGGUGAAAAAUAGUACAAUAAAGCUUUCUUGGUUGAACAUUUUUCGACAGUACGCGAAAAGACUUUAAGUUAAAUCUCGUACUAGUAGUCAUCUUCGUCCUCAAAUCUAAAGCUCUCUAAUUUUUUCCUGCUCUCUAACUUCGCACCGCACGUCACUAUCCGAGUGCGUGAAACAGGCUAUGAAAAGCUUAACUGUUUACCAUAACCCUAACAAUUAUUAGGGAGCUUAAGUAACUACGACGACGCCGAGAACUUCAAAAACAAUAGGUUUAAUCAUCAAAACAACAGCCCUACACGUGCAUCACGCUUUUUAGUACAUUUCUUUGACGUCCACUGCACGACUACGACGUGAAACCUCCUAAUUUGACGCUUUAUUGAGGACGUGGACAUACGACGACGAAUUUUCCUUCCUCUUUUUGAUCCCGUGAAUAAAAUCCUUAAGAAUUCAAGUCCAGGAAAAGUCGCCUGUAUUUGACAUAUUGAGCGGGUCCAAAUAGACGCGAUUAAGUUUGAAAGAACGCAAAUUCAUUUUUUAGCGACGUUUUCACUGCCGUCGUCGUCGUCCUUGCUUAAGGUUCCUAUUACUACUCAUAGCUUCUUGAAUAUAGAUGAGGGUAAGGUAUGGGUAGAUCCGGCACGCGAGAGACCCGUCCACCCGGGACAAGUUUUCUCCAUAUAAACAAUGCCUUAUUCUUUGGCGUCUUUUUUCUUUUCCUUUAGCAACAGCAGGUGUAAAUCAUCAUGUCUGUUUGUGGAACCCAUACGUGAUCUCUAAACCAGUAGGGGUAAGUUCAAAUUUCCAAGUUAUUUUUGGGUUGAGCGUGUGCGGAGCUGUAUUUUUAUACACAUUUCCAGUCAGCCAAAAUUUCUGGGUGAAACUUAGACUUGGCUCAUUAACAGAUGAGGUACGGGGUACAGGAGCAGCGCCAUCGUCCACCCCCCCUCCCGGAUGUAAAACGGAUUUGAGGGUUUUGCACUUGCUAAACAAUUAUAUUUUCCAUAUAUUGAGUUUGAAAUAGUUAUCACUAAUGGCAAAAAGGUGUUUUCUGACCUAUAAAUAGAUCUAAAUUAUAUGUAUUUAUUAAUUUUUCUGUUAGUUGAAGUAUCUCAUGGCGAGAGAAGAAGGAGAGAGUCUUCGUCUCAUUUUUUUCUCGGCCGUGAGAGACCUGUGCUAGCAGGGAAUUACCGUAAAUCCUCUAUUAAGCCCCCGGGGGGGCUUAUUUAUUUCAAGCCCAUUUGAAGGGGAGGGGGGGGGGCUUAAUAGAGACGGGGGCUUAUUUCAGAGGAGGGGGGGGGCUUAUUUAAUUUAGAAACGACGAUGAUAUCAAUUCUCCGUAAAAAACUAGAAUACAACGUGGUAAAGCUCAGAUACAAGAAGGUUGAAGGUCAUGCAGCCGAGGAUCAGAAUCAAAUCCGAACUUCCAGUUGGUAUUUAAACCGUUUCGGACCAGUCUACACGAGUAAUUAGGGGAGGGGAAGGGGGGGCUGAUUAAUUUUCUUCUUCUGAAAAGGGGGUAGAGCUUAUUAGAUAGGCUCGAUUACUAGCCGCUGUCCAAGAAAUGAGCCCGCGCUCCUCCCCCGAACAGACAGUUUCUUCUCAGGGAGGACAGAGAGAGCGGCGGGGAAAUGGAGCCUACUUAUUAGAGGGAGGGGGCUUAUUUGAGGGGGGCUAACUAGAGGAUUUACGGUAUUCAUGUAAAAUAUUUUAUUUUCAUCAUUGCUUAAGUUGAUUUACCUCGCUUAUUGUGUUCUUGAAGGUUCUGCGAGGACAUAUGCAAAGCGUUAUUUCCGUGCGUUUUAUAGAAUCCAGAAGCCAGCUUAUUAGUUUAUCCAAAGAUAAGGUACGUGGAACUACUCAAUUUGAAGUUGUGUGGGAGUUCUGACAAUUUAGGACAUUUUGGGCCAGUUAUUUCAACGAAGUUUAGCCCGUGUUUAACAAAACUGUGAUCUAAGGCAUUUUCAGGUUGCCCAGCCCUUAAAUCUAAACACCAUUUAUCGUAAACAUAACCGACCCUUUAGGUUUCAAACGCUAAACUAAGUGACUAUUUUGUGUUGCAGGUUUUACGUAUCUGGGACACACACCUUCAAGUUUGUCUUCAGCGAUUGUCGGGGAUGUUCCCUAAAGGACCUGCUGAAGGUUUCAGCUUUUCUUUAUCCCAGUUUAUUUGUUUUAUUAUUUACUUAUUGUUGUUAAGCAAAGAAGAUAAAUUUAAAGAGCCCCUAAAGAAGAAAAGGCGUGAUGGUCGUAUACAUUGACUCUGUUGUUAGGAAAAUAUCCUGCUCAGUUACAUGGGGUAUAAGCUGAAAAACAAAUAUUUCUGGGCGUUUAAAAGCUGAAUUAAAUUGUAUUUUUUUGUUAUCAUAGUGUCGAUCACCAUGUACUACGACGAGGAGCACUGCAAACUGUUUACAGCUUUUAACCAUCAGGUAAUAAAAGAACUGGCCCGUUCAAGGCUCUCAGUUGGUCGGGAACAUUUCUUUGCAGGGGCGGAUCCAGGAUUCUUUUUAGGAGGGGGUGCACUCGUUUCUUGCUCUACUUCAACACCAAUAAACCACAUAGUUUUUUUUGGCAGAAUACCAGUUGUAUUAGAAAACCGGAGGUCAUCUCGGGGGCGCGGUGCGCACCCCUGCACCCUCCCCCUUAGGUCCGCUCCUGCUUUGAAUGGCGAACUCUUUUCCGAGUUGUUGUGAUGAGUGGAAAAGGCAUUCCGAACAGAUCCAAGGGUCGAGUUUACGGGACGGUUGGAGGUUAGGGACCUAGGAUCCUUGGCCCCUUACCACCAACCGUCCCGUAAACUCGACCCUAGGGUCUGCUCGUCUUCAAAUAUGGCGGCGGCAGGCCGUGUAGCGUUUCCCAGGUGUAAAGUAUUAAUCUCCUCUUUCAAUUAAAUACUCCUUUAUUGGGUUCGAAGUGGAAACACCCAUUUCUCGAUGACAAGAAGAUCGCCGUGUUAGAAAAAUAGUAAGAUUUUAGAAAUGAUGUAUGUACCAUUAAUGUGAAUUAAUAUGUACAAAAGAAAAUGUAUGAAGGAAAUAUUAGACCUGAAAUGUAUUAAACCGCUGACUCAUUCAUUAUCUGGGCCAGGAGCUGGGCGCAAUACAAUACAUUAAGCUCAUGUUGGCUCGUUUGCCUUUUCGAAACCAUUUAUCUGAGUUUAGUGCUGCGCGCUGCAAGCAUUCUUCUCUUUGAAUUUGUAGGAAGUAACACUGGCUUAGUCCAAUUCUAUUAAGAACAAGUAACUCUGUAGCGUUAAGCACCGUCAAACGCGGGUGAACAAGUUUUCCCGCGCUUUCAUCUUAUUGGCUAAGGAGGAGGCACAAGAUAUUACUCGCCAAUCAGUAAGCUGCAAUGUGAAAUCUAUUGAAUAUCUGUAUGUUGGCACUUUGUUUGUAGCUGACAUUGAUGGUGAUGAAGCCUGAAGUAAAGGAUAGGAUAAUGAGCCACGAACAUCCUGUGACAGCGGCUAUUUACAACAGUAAAUUUAAUCAGGUACCAACUCUCUCUCUCUUUUGUAAAGAUGAAAUAAUCAGCAUGUCACGAACGUCGGACAAAGAAAAACAUCUAAGUCAGGAUUCGAACCUAUGAAUUCCUGGAUUUGAACCGAGGCAACAUUACUGAGGGGAAGGGUUGUCACCAUGACACCACAUUUUCUCAGUUGCACCUUCCUUUUUCCUUGGUGUCUCAAGUGUUUGGAAGCAAUCGCGACUGCGAGCAAUUAAGGUGUAUCGCGCAAUGGACCAUGGGAACGUUAAGCGUUUCCGUAAAGGUCGGUGGCAAGGGUGGGCGUUUUUCUCUCUGCCUUUCCCAUGAUCCCUUUCACAGAACCAAAAUCGCUCCAGUCUCUCUCGAUUAGGAAUCCGUUAGAACGGGUCUGAGCACGAGGCAACACUUGCACUGCAUUGAUGAAAUAUUAAGACCUGAGUGUUAAUCUGAACAGACAUAAAUCCUCUUUUAUUGGUUUUUUCCUUAGGUUGUCAGUGCUUGUACUGGGUCUGUUAUCACUAUGUGGAUGAUAGAGACUGGGCAAAAAGUUAAACAGGUAGAUUGAGUUGACUUUACUCUACUUUUCCACGGAAAUUGAGCCAAUAAUCCUCUGGAGACCAGUCGUACACCUCAUGUGAUAGAAUCAUGAGGAGACGAGGAAUGAUCCAAGACUCGCUACAAGGCUGUGCUGUUAGAAAAACCAGGGAGGGUCCCGAGGCUACCAAAUAAGAAAUUCGGAGUGGCUGAGGCUGCUUAGUUCUGGGUUCAAAAAUGGAUUCAAAAUUCGUAGAGAAUCCGUAUUCCUAUUGAAUUCAUGAGGCCAACUCUAAGUCCGGACUUUUAGGAUUCAUAAUUGGUUUCUUCGGCCCCUUAACUGGUACGAUUAUAGCACAUUCCCGGAAGGCAUUUACCGAUCGCGCAAGUUGGAAUGGAACAGGUUCAAGUAUAGAGUGUUUUCACAUGACGUCACGGCGGCCAUAUUGGUGUUCCAAAACAAUGAAACGGUUGCCAUGUUGGUGUCCCAAACCAGUCCCCUGGGAGUUCAAUUCUUUUCUUAUGCAAACGCUUUCUUUUGCUGCAAUAAAUUUGCAUAUAUGCUGGCCACGUGAGUGAAAACAUUCUAUAAGCUACAAGGAUCCGUAAUGUCGAACGUGUUUUGUUUGGGGGAAAAGGCGGCGAUAUAAUGCGCGGCCUUAAAGUGGCCAAUUCCAGCGGACAAAUUCAAGCUUGUUUUUGUUUUUUAGUUUGCUAAUGCACAUGGAAGUUCUGAAAUAACAACAUUAGCCCAGGAUGCCACGGAAACCAGGCUCUUUACCGCAAGUGCUGAUGGCACUGUGAAGGUACUGUGCUUUUCACUGGCAAAUCUUGCACGCUUCUUUCUUGCCAUCAUCCAUUAGUUUCAUUGAGUUUCUUCCUGUUGGUGUGUUUUGAUAUCGCCACAUAAGAACGUGUCGUUUUUUGUUCGUUAUUGAAGAGUUUAGCAUCGAACGUAAGUAGGUUUACGGUGUGUUAUGAAAUCUCGUUGUCCACGCUCGUAGUACGAUUAUGAGUGAGCAAGCUCUUCUUUAUGAGUGGCGAGUAAAUUGAGCCGCGCGAGAACGCGAGAGCGAGUGGCUUUCGCGCUUGACUUCUCACGAUAUCCCUUAAAUAGAGAGAUUGUUUGCAGGCUUUUAGUGCGACCAGUUUACGCCUCAAACUCUGUAAGACUGUUGAAACGGUAUUUACCUUAAGCUAUCUUUCACCAUGAACGUAUCACAAGGGUAAAGCUAGAUUGCAACUUGAAAAAGUCAGGCCAACUUUUUCAAGUUGUGUCAUCGUGUAUCGUAUCUUGAACAAACUGCUGAAAAUAUUAUACUCUUAUAAUAAUAACUGCAUACAGGUUGUUUCGGUACUUUUAUCUGAUUUGGUUUUAUUUCAGAUCUGGGAUUUUAAUGGUCAUUGUCAUCAUAUAUUAAUGGCUGGUAAUGGUGACCCAGCCGAGAUUAGUCAAGUGUUGUGUUUAAAAAGGAUCAUUAUUGUUGUGGGCUGGGACAGGUAUGUCGAAAUGUCACUCAUUAUACUUUCUCUCCUACUGUGAUUAAUGUUACCGUGGCUUUCUACUUUUAAUUAUUUCUCCUUUCCCCGCGUCGUUCAGGACUCGGAAAAAUUUUGCUCGUAAUAUUUUCUUCACAGAAAGGCCCAGUCUCCUUGCAGCCGUUCUUUGUGUCAUCACGCAACUCUUGCAUAGGAGCUUUGCGUGACGACACAAUGAAUGGUUGCCUAGGAUUCUAGGGAGACCCUUUCUUUUCUCGAUGUCCGUUCAUUUGCGGCGUUCGCUGUAGUUACAGCAACAAAAACCAAAAACACCCCCGCGCCACUUUUUUGAUUGUUUAGACAGUGUGAAAUUUUGUGCGCCCACUUCCCCGCGGCCAGUCAUGCUUCAACAUGGGCCUUAGUAUUCCCCCGGGCUUUUUUGUUCCCUCAAGUGCACUCAGCCAUUUGCCACUUUAGAAACGAGAAGGAAACUGGAGCCGAAAUGCGUGCCGCAAUUGUUUCUGGGAUAGUUACUGGGGACGCGCCGUUCAGCUAUUGGCCAAUGUUUCUACCUGACCCUAGUAACACUCCCAGAAUUCUUCGCGAGAGUUAACUCUCCCCAGUUCUCUUCUCGUUUCUAAAGUGGAGAAUUGAUUUUAUUACUUUGCAAAAUAUAAGGACUGCAGUUACUUGUUUGGCUUACGUGUUACUUUGUCUGUUUCUAGGACUAUUUCCGUGUUCCGGGACACUCAACUCAAUUCAUUCUACGUUUAUCCAUCAGAGUGGAAAGGGAGACUGGUAAUGAUCAGUGUAUUCUCUUUUCAGUAAUGUUCUUUAAAUGGAGGCAAUGCCUACAGCGAUGCUUGUUCGAAAACUUGGUUUUCGUGUUAACAAAGUCGCAAUCAAUCUAAACGUUUUUGCGCCGUUCUUGAUCGCCCACAAUAAUGCCAAACGGAAACGUAUUUCGUCCUCAGGUUAUUCUCGGACGUGUUGCUUUUAAUUUUCCACGUUGCUGUCUUGCUGCCGGCAUUGCUACGUUGUGCUUAAGCAGCUAUUACGACAACGUUUUCAAACUUUUUGCUGGAAUUGUACUGGAUUAAGUCUUUGGACCAUAAAUCUUUAUUCAUUGCCUGUGGGUACUUUAGUGACAGGCAUGAAUACUUAGUUAUUCUUGUCAAGAUGUUUUUUGUCCUUAUGACGAGACCCAAACUAUGCAAUACUGCACAAAACAAUAACGCAACAUUGUUUAUCAUUAUUUCUAUUCUUUUACGGUUAGGGAAGCGAAGCAAUUGGCUUUUAGGGUUAGCAGAUCUGCUACAUGCCCCCAAACUAUGACCUUUUGUGAAAGCUGUUUUCUUUCUGACUGAUGCUUAUUUUUACCCUGUGUUUCUGAGGUGGCUCUAACUUCUUAUGAUGUUAUCUACCCCGUCUUUAGGAACAUCAGGAUGAUGUUUUGUCCGAAGCUUUCUGCCCUCCAACAACCUUAGCCACGGCCAGCUACGACGGAGACAUCGUGCUCUGGAAUUUAAACUCUGAACAAGCUUUCAGACAUCUUUCAACACACGCUAAAAGAAAACCUACACGCUCUUCCCGAAGAUCUAGGAGAGCAGUAAGUUGACUAGCCUAGCGAGACUUAACUGCUGUUAGUAUAAUUAUUACUGUUAUCUUAGGUCUGGCUCAAACAAAUUUCAUUCCCCUAAUUAAAAAAAAGAUAAGAAAUGCAUUAUUAUUUUUUAACAGUUAUCCUAAUUUUUCUUUAGCUGUAAUUUCAUUACAUAAUAUAAAGUUUUAAAUGCCAUUUCACGUUGUCCUGGCUACUAACAUUUAUUCGUCUUUUCGUUCGUUCCUUCGUUGAUUGAAUGUUUUAAUAACACUAUUUCAAUAGAGUGCGUGGUUCGUUGGUUCGUUCAUUCAUUCACCCAUUUUUUCAUCCAUCUACUCAUUCUACUACUUUUUAUUUAUGUUUUUUUUUCUUUAUAUUUUCGCAGCAGGACACUUCUACCCCCACGCAGAGACCUGUGGAAACGGAGACGUUGUUGAAGCCGCCACAGACGGGGGACCGAUCGACCUCAGCCACUUCUGUGACAGCCACUGAGGAACCGCGUAGUGAGGUGAUACUUCAUGUCAGUCGCUGAAUCAGUCCACCUUCGUUCAAAUGGUUUACAGUGCAACGAACUCAACCAGGGCCUCUUGAAAUUUAAUUGGCCAAUAACGGCUUUCGUUCGCAGUGAAGAUGGUUGUUCCAAAAUUGUCGAUGGUCCCGGUUGCGUUCGAUGGACUGUGUCAAUCGAUGAAUUGUCCAAUCAGUCAAUGAAUACGUCAAUUAGUCAAAAGCCAAAAAGCUGAAUUAGCCUACUCAUUACGCCUGCCUCUUUGUUUCAUGUGCUCUCUAGUGGUGUGUCUCCACUAGAGUGUUUAGCCACUCAAUCCACUCUCCAACCCUGUUUUUUUUGUUGUUGUUUAUUUGUUGUUUUUUAUGUUGUUUUUGCUGUUGUUAAUGUUUUGCUUCACUACUUUUCCUCGCGUCUCCAACUGUUUUAUUAUGUUUCUUUCAGGAUGAUUUUGGAUAUGCUGUUACCAAGUUAAUAUUUCUCAACGAGAGACCAAUGUCAGCGUCCAGCGCAGGAGCAAAUCUUGUUUCUUGUAACGCCAGUGGCUGGGUAAGAACUAGAAGUGUUUUUCCCUUCCAGAUUGACGCACAUAUCUGGACUUCUAAAAUAAUUGUCAUUUACCGAGAUUUGAAAGAGACUACCAAAAUUGUUUUUGCUGGUAUUACCCGUAUAUCUUAACUAUUCAUCAGUAGGAUGCCUAAAAUGUGUGCAAUUCCACAAUACCCACGUCACGAUAUAUUAAAAUUCUAAAAUGACUCCAAGGCUUUAGCGUCAAAAUUAAACAUUUGCAUAGAGUUUUGGGUGAAAUUUGAUAGUGGUUGCUAAUUACGAUUGGAUUGAGUUUAUGUGGAAACGUGUACAAUAUGACCAUUAUGUUCCCUGUCGGAAAUCUUACUGGGUAAACAGUGAAUAUAAAUUUUAUCAAGAGAUGUAUAACUGAACGUAAAUUCAACCGUUUUAUGCUCACUUAGGUUCGGUUUUGGAAUACACAUAAAACUCUGUGCGUUGGUCAGUUCCUGGCGCAUGAACACGGUACGUGAUCAUUAGAAUUUUCUUCACAAUAAAUUUAACACUGUUUUUUAUUAUUAUUGCCUUUUUGCUGCUUUGUGCUGCUUUACAAACACAGGCUCAGCUCUGCCUCGUCCCCAGUCGUCUUCAAGUUGUCCCUUGGGUCAUGCGCGCGGGAAAUGAUGGGACAGCGAGAGGAGGGGAAACUCCCUUGUCCCUUCUUCCUUCCCGUCAUCCCCUUCGUUAAAGAGCCUGUUCUAGUCUUCCACGCAACAUACUAAUAAUGAGAGACGACUAGGGACGAGUGAAGCUUCAGCUAACAGGAGUCGUGACCGAGUUGGACUCGCCAUCAGGAGGUCUGGGCUCAACUCCAGCUCCAUUGCCGACGGAUUUUUUUUUUGUUCUUGGUUUGGCAGGGUUGAAAUUCUCGGCCAUUACUCUAAAUCGCCAACUGGUUGUCUACAGCCAUUUGGUUUUUUUUAAAAGUCCUGUUACGUUGUAUUUGAGUUAUUUGUUUCUAAUUACAAUAUACAUAAGAAAUUCCUGUAACUAUCGUUCGGGUAUUUACUCAAAUAAACGCAACGGUACUUAUUAAAGCAUUAAACAAAUGCUUAGAAACAAUAAAAUCAGCAAGUGUUGCAUUAAAUCUCUUAUUCGGGGCAGCGCUUAUUCCAGCAAAUAUUGUAAGUUCACUUCCUCUUCACACAUUGUAUUUACCAUUGUAUUAUACAGCUCCCUCUCUCGUACCAUUGGAAUGCUGACGCUUAUUACAUAUAUUUUUUUCCAUGCGUUCAGCUGGUUUUCUAACAAUGACUGUUGAUGAUACAAACUCUUACCUGGUAACUGGCGAUGCUGAUGGGGUGAUAAAAGUAUGGGACAUUGCUGAAUACUGUAUUGGAAACAUGGAUAAUAACGAUACUCCGCCGCGUAAGUUUGCAGUAAAUUAUGGUGAAAAAAGGCCAUUCCUUCACUUUGAAAGUGUUGCAAAGUGCAAAACGUGUCAUGACUUUUAUUUUAUUAUUAAUUUUAGAAUACUAUACAACUCUCCCCCUAAUGGGAUUGUGAAUAGUGGAGGGUAUGGACCGAGAGACGCGAAGCGUCGAGAGAUGUAUUUAGCACUAUUUUGCACCGAUUCUAAGAGGGAUAGUAGUUUCAGUAGCUACCAAAUCACUGAGUUCAAUAAAAAUGAAAUAGUACGGCUUUGCUACAGAAACUCGCUCGCUGCCCAACAAGAGAGCCCACUUCGACUUCCAAGAACGAAACCAGAAAAGGCCUAUGCCGCAAAUCUAAAUCUGUGAUUGUUUUCGCCUUGUAGCUCUCUUCAAACAGUUCCAGCCACAUACAGACACUAUUAACAGCAUUCAACUGUUCAGUCGCUCAGAGAGACUGCUGGUUCUUACGGCUUCUAGCGACUGUGCAGUGGCAUUGUGGGAUAUCGAAGGCCGCCAUAUUGGUAUAUUUGGACAGGUAAUUUAAGCUUUAUUCAUUCUUAGCAAUGCCUCAAGUCUAAACAAUCACAGAGCCUGCAGGAAUACGAAGCCCUUUGUCAUACUGCUGCGGCUUCUUUGAUGUAACCCCCAGACAGCCAUUGGCUGAUAUGUGAUCACGUGGCCUAAAUUAAUUUCAACCAUAUCUUCCGAGGCGUUAGUUCAGUUUACGUACAUGUAUCUCGCGCGGCUCUAACCAAUUUAUUUUCCCCUAAGGAGGAACACUGGAAAAUUGAACCCAUCUCAAAAGAAGAAAGAGAAGCUGAGCAAGCCAAGCAGGCAGAGCAGGUUUGUUGAAAUGUGGUCAAACCUGUUUUUAGGCCGCUUUCCUGUGUAGGGAAAUAGUAAAAAAUUAUCCUUUUACGACUCGAUUUUAACCGAACCAAGUAACCCAGUACUUGUUAAGUAAUCUGAAGCGUACAAGUCUACUGUUGCACUUCGCCUCUUACGAUGGCCCCGAGGCCACUGCUUCAACGUAAUGCCGAUGCUUGAGUGCUUGAGAUAUAUCUUAUUAUGAAAUUAGUCAGAUUACACGACAGAGGAGCAUAAAUGAGCUAUUACGUUAAGAACUCUGCUUGCUAUCACGCCAGAACACCGAUUGAUAAGGUACUUGCUAUUAACCACGGUCUUACCCAAGUGAAGAGGUAUCGCCCGAAUACACUCUUUAGCAUUUCGAUAGAAGUGUCGCGUACUCCUUGUUUGGCGUCUACUGCACUUAUCAUCGUUAGCUUAUCUGCGCUCCACUUUCCCGCUGGUCAUCUUUUGGAUUUCCUCCCCCACCCCUCCCCCCAUUCCCGCCCUACUUUAUGUACUAUAAAUGGUUCUGCAUUUUACCAUCUGAAGGUGGCCGCUAGACUUUCAUACCUCAGUGGAGAAGCGCAGUUAAUAGCGAUGUAAAUAGGAUACUAUACUUACCACUGAUUUACCUACUCACUGUUAAUCGUAGGAACAGUCUGAUAACAGUGACGAUGAUGAGCAACCUGAAGAGGAUACUGGGACAGAAGAGCUGAAUCUUUUCGCCGAUGAUAAAUUUGAUCCUUCAUUUAGAGUGCGCACAUGGGAACAGACCAUAUUAGGUUAGCUUCCUUCCGGUUAGCUUCCGGUUACCAUAUUAGGUUAGCUUUCUUCCGGUUAGCUGCCGGUUACCUUAUUAGGUUAGCUUCCUUCCGGUUUAGUCAUUUUGUUUUACUUUUAACAAUUCGAGAGCUUCUUGUUUUUGAAAAUUGGCUAAAUUGAUGAAUGUCACGUUUUAGGUAAAGCUUAUCAAGAAAAGAGAAUCGAAAAGAGAGAGAGAAGACAGCCUCAGGUCAUCCCUGAUCUGCCUUAUCUUAACUGGGAGAAGACCGGCCAGGCACCGGCAGGCCCUUAUGCGGUAUGUGGACCCCUUUGUUAGCACAGAAGCUUGUACUUACAAAAACAGCUUUUUUUAAUACCUGGUAGACUUACCGAGAAGAGAAAGAACCUUUGCUUUCGAUUUGGGCGACGACUGUCACGCUGCUACUAGUACUAAAAAAUAAGAAACGCAUUUAGGAUGAAGCAGCUGUUCGUCCACCCAGGUUAGGCUGCAGCACAUGUAUCUUUUAUCAGGCGAGCACGCUUCACUGUUUUCUUUGUUUACUCUCCUUGUUUGAUUUUGUAGAAGACGUUUUAGGAAGAGUCAAACCUGUGAUCAGUGGUUAGAUCUUUUGGGUGAAAAAACGUCUCGCCCUUCCUAGGCCUUUCUGAAUGUCCUUUUCGCACUGAUUCAUAGUUCGGUGCCCUCGUUUUUUACGCAUCUUCUUCCCCCUGUUCACCUGGAAAAUACCCCCAGUGCUGGCAAUAUCGUUAGCAGAAGCCUGGAGCUAACCCUAUCCACAAAGAAAACAAUACUCUUUUCAACUCAGCACUAUUUAAAGACGGAAGCAGCCGAAACAAUAAAAAAAGGAAGUAUCUUUUUGCGACGUGUCUUUGUUUGUUGUUUAGUCUCUGGAUACCACAGACCUGCAGGAAGUUGGCGGCAUUCAAAAGCCGGAUUUUAUAGCCCAUCCUGAGCGGUACUUCUCGGAGAGUUCAGCCGGCAAGAGAAGGAGUAAAGGAGUGCUGCCAUCUUUACCCAAUGUUACAGAGAGUAAGUCUCAUUUGCAGCAUUUUUAAUUACCAGAUACAUUGCACCCUGCAAGCAGAAUCUCUCUUUCGCCUUCUCGAUUCUGGCGUACUUAAAAAAGACUCUGCAGUAAUCGAGCAUCCACUCGAGCAUGCGCGGCCUGUUGCUAGGAUACAGUUUCAAACCCAGGCCUAAUAGCCGUGUGCUUUGUUUAGCGGGCUCAGUUGGAACUAACGGUUUUAUCAAUGGACGGAUGCUCGCACCCGAAAAACCGGUUUGACGAGAAAAAAAAACACGAUUGACUAGUCCAGAAGUUCGGACUGCGAAGACUUUAAAGGCUUGAAGCGAUUUAGGCAGAAUUUCUUUUCUCCUCCUCGAUCAAGAAAAAGACGAAAGGAGACUGUGUUCGAAGGGUGGAUACAUGGUUGAUGAUAAUUUUAAAAUAUGCCAAAACAUUGACUCUUGAUUUAUUUAUUUUUAGUGAAUUAUUUAACUAAAUGUUCUGUGUGUAAACAUUGGACGCUUUGUUUUCCAUAGAUCUUCAAAUGCGCUACGACGAGAAGAGCCUUUUCCCUAAAUACAUCCUGGAAAUGGAAGCCAAAAUGAAGGCGGCGCACGCGUUGGGCAUCCGUACAUCUCGUGGCGCACGUGCUCGCGGUGACUCGUCACAGACUAAGCCACGUGCUUCUCACGAGGGGACUCAGCUCAAUAACAAGAGAGUAGCAAGCUGGAGAGUUCUCUUGACUAGCAAGGGAAAAGACCCGUGAUAGUAAUAGAGGUCUGCAUAAGAAAAAACGCUGACCAGUAAUAGGACGAACAGCACAGUAGCAGCUCGGGAUCACGUGACUUGUCUCAUGCCAAAAUUCUGGAAAGCAAACCUAACAAUACCACAGAUGUAAAGAGCAUGAAAUAAGUACUGAGACGUCCGCGUUUUAGGUUUUAAACUCUCGACGCUGCGAUUUAAUUGUGGUUUGACUAACAGAGGAAAUCCUAUAAACCACAGCCAAAAGACGUCAUGUAUUUAUUACUCAGAGUAGGUCGUGAAAUGAUUUGCUCCUUAAACGACGCACAUUUUAAUUUAUUUAUUUUUGGUGACAUAUAGCGACGCAGUGCGUUUAGCUACUUGUCAUGUUUCUUCAGCAUCUGCUAUAUAACACACACCCUUUGUGGUAUUCCAGACUUCAUACAUAUAUCUGUAAAGAAAGAAAACAUCUAUCUCCACAGCUGUCCUGUUAUCUGAAAAUGUUUAUAACGUUUUGUAAAUAAAGCGUAC